AUGGCACGUAGUUCGAAGACUAUUCAAGAAACUCGCCCUCUCCAACCAGGUGCUCUCCUGUCAAAGAAAAGAAGGAACGAUAUGUCUCACCGGAUAAUUAUCACCAAUCACGCGAACGACAUCCUGGGGGAGAUCAUAACAGAAGAAGAGCAAGAAAUAGAUCUGGUGAAUCUAAAUCCCCCCACUCGCCGAAAGAAGCCUAUGGACCAAGCCCAACUGGAGAAUCUACUGAACUACGACUUUCUCACCGAAUCUUACGAUCAUCCAGAUCUUCCAAUCCUCGAUCCUUCUACCAUCUCCUUACAGACCGAAUACGAGGAAAGACGGAAUCAACUGUUGAUCAACAUCCAUAACAAAUAUCAGGCCAUGGAACUCAUCGAACGAACUUUAAAUACGGAUUUAAAACAAUUGCUGCAUUUCCUCCUACCCAUCAUCCAUGCCAAGUUUAAGAACUAUCAAAAGAAGGUUGCCGCUUUUAUACUUAAACAAGCCAGUAACAACGUUGCUUCUGUGAACCAUAAUUAUGGACCCGCUUCUGUCGAUGCGGAAGGCGUCAGCUUAAUGGAAGAUUCACAUGGAGGUGAUGAUUUUGAUGAACAUUGUGACGAAGCCACUAUGAAUUCUACUGGAUUAUCUGGAGGUAAUACUCCAUUCUUGAUUGGUGACUUGGUUAGCUCACCUUUGAGAAUUUUGUAUGAAAAUCCAAACGGGAAUUUGGAUUACAUGAACGUGGACCAAUCAGCCCUGGCAGCUAAUGCAAAUAGGUUUUCGACGGUGUCCGAUUCUGGUGCAGACGGCUCCAAGGCUAAAAGUAAUUCACUGAAGGCUAACAUUGGUUAUUUGGGUGGUGAGAUGCAACGUUUAAUUGAAGACUUCGGUCGUGCUCGUGCUGCAGCUGACAUAUCUCGUGGUGAUAAGAGCUAUUGUGACGAAGAUAAGGCACUUGGUAUCCUGUCACUCUCCCACAGAGACCUUCCUAAAUUUCAACUCGCUUCCAACGUGUUGUGA